GUACACCUAUAGGCUACCUGGAGGUCCCUUUCCAUCUGGGUAGGAGCCCGUUGGUAAUCCAUCUUUAUUAUCAGGUAGGCCUACUCACUUUCGUUACGGCCAGACUGAGCCACACAGACAGAGUUUGUUAUGGAGCGACACUGCUGGUGGAGCGUGUGCGCUGCUCCGGAGCAUUGCGAACGCCCGUUCUAGAACUGUCUCCAUCGGCUCCAGAUAGCCAGUGGCGCUCCCACGCUACUCACGUUAGUAGAAGACGGGUGAAGCAACACGUCACGAGAAUACGAGGAAACUACGCGAGACAUACCAAUGUAUCGGUUGUAAACGUUAGAGUAAACUAUUUCAGUGAGCAAUUUUGCCAGACACUACAGCUGGUUCCACGAAGGGGCUUACUUGUCAAAACAGUGAAGAUGCAUCCUGCAGCAGCUAAGUGGUAUGACAGACGGGAGUCUGUGUUUAUAGAGUUCUGCGUGGAGGACAGUAAAGAUGUGCAAGUACAUUUUGACAAGUCCAAAAUUGAUUUCAGCUGUGUCAGUGGAACAGAUAAUAUUAAGCACCAUAAUACAGUGGAACUUUUCGGGGAGAUUGACUCCAAAGAAUCCAAACACAGACGCACUGACAGAUCUGUGGUCUGUUUUUUACGAAAAGCAGAGGCUGGGAAAUCAUGGCCACGGCUUACCAAAGACAAGGCAAAGUGCAACUGGCUGAGUGUGGAUUUCAAUAAUUGGAAAGACUGGGAAGAUGACUCGGACGAGGACUUGUCAAGUUUUGACAAAUUCUCAGAGAUGAUGAACAACAUGGGAGGGGAUGAUCUGCCAGAUUUAGAUGGUGCAGAUGAGGAGCAUGAUUCUGCAGACAGCGAUGAUGAAAAAAUGCCCGACCUUGAGUAGAUGAAUAUGGAUGCCACAUCAGUAAUAAACAAAGCAAGUUAUAUAAGUGGGUUGAAGAGUGAGAAUAGAUGUGAGAUGGCAGCCACAUUGGAGAAGACACCUCAUCUCUCCAUGCAGUUUCCAAAGGGAAACCCCUCAAAGGAGUGACAGGGAGUGACAGUUGGAUACAGACAUGCACAGAGAUCCAUAGCGACAUAGUGCUGUGCUUUGUUGUUCUGUUCUGCAUGGACAAUUCUGUUCAAAAGAAAAUGUUAUUGUUCAUCGACUUAAAUGACUGUCAUGGGAUGUGCUGAUGUCUUACACCCUCUCGCUCUCUUUUUUUUUCAGUCAGGUUAUGUAUCAAACAUUGAUUUUCUUAUGAAAAACAAACGCAAAAUAGCUAUUUUCCAAAAAAGUGAUUUUUUUAAAUGAUAGAAUUCCCCUUUAAUGUUUGUAUUGUUAAUUGCACUUAUGUUUAAUUUAAAAAGCAGGAGUGCCAAUUGAAAAUGGGUUUUCCAAUGUAUGCCAACACCUGCAAAUAUUUGGUUUUUUGUUGAAAAUAUUUCAGCAUUUAAAAUAUAUGCUUGUGCAGCAUAACAGCUUAUGUUGAGAUUAAGGUAGUAGACUGCUACAGCAUAUAGUCAUACCCUUGCAAAGGUGAGUUUGUUUAUCCAUGCCAGGGCACAAAACAUCGCAUAUCAUAACAGGUACAAAAGUAUGUUUUCUUCCAUGCUCAUUUAAUGGUAAAGGCAGAUAUCCUGUGUAGUCUACCAAAAGUUUCCCAAACAGGUUGUGUUUGUUAAUCACACACUCAAACUUUGCUUUGGAGGCUUGUGUGUUUGUUUCAAUAUGUGUUGAACAGUUUUGCAUUUGUCUUAUGCUGUAGGAGUUUGGGUAUGCAUUUCUAAUAAACUCUUUCAGACCAAUGAA